AUGGAGGGAGAUCCCCCGACACCUAGCACUCACGGGCACCAAAUUCGUAGCCAAGCACAUCGCAACUCAACAGCCAGCGCAAAGUACCCCCCUCCCAACCCCAUCCCGCCUCCCCGUUUCCCCUUUCUGCUCCCCAUUACCCAUUCCCGCCUCUCCGUUUCCCCUUCCCUCCCCCCCUUUACCCCUUUCCGACUCCCCGUUUCCCCUUCCCGCUCCCCGCUACCCUUCCCGCCUCCCCGUUUUCCUUUCCCGCUCCCCAUUACCCCUUCCCGCCUCUCAGUUUCCCCUUCCCGCCUCCCCAAUUCCCUUCCCGCCUCAUCGUUUCCCCUUCUCGCCACCCCAAUUCGCGUUCCCGCCUCCCCGUUUCCCCUUUCCCCUCCCCUUUUACCCCUUCCCGCCCUCCCCGUUUUCCCCUUCCCGCCUCCCCAAUUCCCCUUCCCGCUCCCCAUUAUCCCUUCCCGCCUCUCCGUUUCCCCUUCCCGCCCCCCAUUACCCCUUCCCGCCUCCCCGUUUCCCCUUCCCGCUCCCCGUUACCCCUUCCCGCCUCCCCGUUUUCCUUUCCCGCUCCCCAUUACCCCUUCCCGCCUCCCCAAUUCCCCUUCCCGCCUCCCCGUUUCCCCGUCCCGCGCCGCAUUUCCCCUUCCCGCCUCCCCGUUUUCCCCGUCCCGCUCCCCGUUUCCCCUUCCCGCCUCCACGUUUCCCCGUCCCGCUCCCCGUUCCCCUUCCCGCCUCCCCGUUUCCCCGUCCCGCUCCCCGUCCCCCUCCCCUCCCGCCUUCCCGUUUCCCUUCCCGCUCCCCAUUUCCCCUUCCCGCCAUCCCGUUUCCCCUUCCCGCCUCCCUAAUUCCCGUUCCCGCCUCCCCAUUUCUCCUUCCCGUGCCUCCCCGUUUCCCCCUCCCUCUCCCCGUUCCCCCUUCCCUCUCCCCGUUUCCCUCCCCGUUCCCCUCCCCCCCCCCCCCCCCCCCCCCCCCUUCCCCGCCCGCCAUCCCCCCGUUUCCCUCCCCGCCUCCCUAAUCCCCUUCCCGCCUCCCCCAAUUCCCGUCCCCCGCCUCCCCAUUUCCCCUUCCCGCUCCCCGUUCCCCUUUCCGCCUCCCCGUUUCCCCUUCUCGCCUCCCCAAUUCCCGUCCCGCCUACUCGUUUCCCGUUCCCGCUCCCCGUUUCCCCUUCCCGCUCCCCGUUCCCCCUUCCCGCUCCCCAUCUUCUUCCCGCCCACCCCCGUUCCGACCCUUCCCCUGCCCCAGGCAAUCCAUUCCAUCCCCUCCCAUCCCAUCCCCUUCCAACCCCUCCCAUCCCAUCCCCUCCCACCAUCCCCUUCCAUCCCCUCCCAUCCCAUCCCCUUCCAACCCCUCCCAUCCCAUCCCCUUCCAUCCCCUCCCAUCCCAUCCCCUUCUAACCCCUCCCAUCCCAUCCCCUUCCAUCCCCUCCCAUCCCAUCCCCUUCUAACCCCUCCCAUCCCAUCCCAUCCCCUCCCAUCCCAUCCCCUUCCAACCCCUCCCGUCCCAUCCCCUUCCAACCCCUCCCAUCCCAUCCCCUUCCAUCCCCUCCCAUCCCAUCCCCUUCCAACCCCUCCCAUCCCAUCCCCUUCCAGCCCCUUCAAUCCUCUUCCAGUCCCUCCCACCCCGGCAAUAGGACAGCUAGAGGGUGUGUUGAAUCGUAUGCAUGCCCCCUAA